AUGGCCAAUAGUAAUGUAAAAGGAGCCUACUAUCUUUCAUCUGAUGAGUAUAGGAUGUUCAUCUCAACUGCCGAGGUUCUUACUGAGGAGAAUGAGAAGGCCUCAAAUGAGGUUUAUCAGAGGGAGCAAGAGAGACAUGAUGCAGAAAAAAUAACGCUCCAAUCGGAGUGGGACAAGUUCUUGAAGAUGGAGCAAGAGAGAGAAAUUGCACAGCUCAACAUGAAGAAGAAAGAGAAAGCAAAAGCUGCAAAGAUAAAGAAGUGCCCAUUGGAGCAUGCCAAGGACUUGAGGAUGGAAGACGAGUCAGAAAUUCAAGAGUUCAACAGGCAGAUUUUGAGUGCUAUGUAUUUCCCCAUUCAAAAAGCCCAGCUGAGGGAAAUUGAACAGAGAAAGGCAAAGUUGUUAAAGGAGAAAAAGGAUAUGGACUCCAUGCUUUAUGCUGAGCACCAAAAGAACUGUAAGAGAUUGGAUGAGAAAGAUGAAAAGUACAGACAGAAUGCUAUCAAAGCAGCACAAGAAAUUCAAAAUCAAAUCCAGCAAAAUCUUGAGGUAAAGAAACUGAAAGACAACAUGAAAAAGCUGGAGGCACAACAGGUGAGAGAAACUCUGGUGAAAAUGACACAGGAAGACUUUACGGAACUACAGACGAAGAGGGAGAAUGCACAGCGUUUUUUUCAGGAAAGCAUGCAAUCUAAUAAUGAAACCAUACAGGCCCGGGAGCAGAAAAGAAUGGGGGAUAAGCUGGCUGAAAAGAAAAAGCUGCAGAGAAUGCAAAAAGAACUAGAGAGGGAUGCUAAGUAUGAAGAAGAGCAGACACGAAUGAGGAAGGAAAAAGAUUUUGAGUUGACAAAGAUGUGGGGCCAGCAAAAAAAAAAUAUAGAUAAUUUGGCAGAAAAGCAGAUACUUCGUGCACAGAACAUCCAAAACGCCACAGCGAUAGAAUGGAGGAGAAAAGAGAAAGAGCUGUCUGAAAAGAGAGCAAAGGAAGAAGCAAUGCUCAGAGAGGCUCGCUCUGAACAGAUUCGCAGCAAUGAGCACUGCUGUACACAUGAGAUUGGCCGGCAGAAAGAGGAAUUUGACAUAUGUCUGGAAAAGCUAUUGGAAGGAAUCAAAGAAGAGAAGCAGAAGGAGACGAAGCAGCAUGAGGAAAUGCAGCUUUGCUUAGAAUGCCUCAAAGAACAGAUAACGGAGCGUGAGCUCUUAGCUGAAGCCAAACACAGACUGGAAAUGGAGGACACCAAUCGGAUGAUGGAAGAAAGGGAGCAGAGAUCUAUGUGCAUUACUGAGUACAAAGAGAGGAAGCUAAGGGAAAUUAGGGCUGCACGCCUCCCUGAUCAAUACAUUUUUGGUUUAGCAAGUAAAGCAGGGGUCUCAGUAGAGAAGUGUCUGGAAUGUCAUGAAGUGACCAACAAGGACAUGCCAACCUACUUUCCACACAUUGUCAAAGCAGCCAACAAACACUUACAAGCUGCAUUGAAUUCAACUGGAUGA